CAUUUUGAUGAAUAAAAAAUUGGGCAUUGUGAAAGGCGUCGUCUUCUCAACGCAAUGAUGGAAGGUUUAUGGUUAUGAAUGACUCAUGAGUACUUUCUUUCUGCUGCUUCUUCAUUUCAACAAAGCUACCUUUCUAUAACUCUUAGUUUGAUAUACAUGUAUGUGUUGAAUGCUGAACACUGACUGAAUUUCUGUGCCGAUUAGUCCAUAGAGCAUGAAUUCACCAUUGACGCAGUUCGUUUCUUCGAGAAGGAUGGGCGUGUAUGAUCCUAUCCAGCAGAUCAAUAUGUGGGGAGAUAGCCUCAAAAGUAAUGUCAAUUUAAGUGCAUCCAUUCCCUUAAUUGAUGAAGCCGACAUUAAGUUUGAUAGUCAGUCAGAGGAUGCUUCUCAUGGUAUCCUGGGAACAAAUAUCAAAUAUGACCAAGAAGCAAGUAAACCUAUUGAUAAGAUACAGAGACGACUUGCGCAAAAUCGAGAGGCUGCUCGGAAGAGUCGUUUGCGGAAAAAGGCCUAUGUGCAGCAAUUAGAAUCUAGUCGUUUGAAGUUGAUGCAGCUAGAGCAAGAGCUUGAACGUGCGAGACAGCAGGGAAUGUAUGUAGCCGGUGGAUUGGAUACUAAUCAUCUAGGUUUUGCUGGACCUAUUAAUUCAGGAAUCACAGCUUUCGAGAUGGAGUAUGGACACUGGGUUGAGAAGCAAAAUAGUCAAAUCUUAGAACUGAGAAACGCUUUAAAUUCUCAUAUUGGUGACUUAGAGCUGAGGAUACUUGUAGAUGAUAUGAUGAAUCACUACACCGAAAUCUUUCGUAUGAAAUCUGCUGCUGCAAAAGCAGACGUCUUCUAUGUAAUGUCCGGCAUGUGGAAAACUACGGCCGAGAGAUUUUUCUUAUGGAUUGGAGGCUUUCGCCCCUCUGAACUUCUAAAGGUUCUUCUUCCUUUGAUUGAACCUUUGACGGAGCAACAACGAUUGGAUGUCUGCAACCUCGGACAAUCAUGUCAGCAAGCCGAAGACGCCCUUUCACAAGGUAUGGAGAAACUACAGCAAACACUUGCUGAUAGCAUAGCUGCCGGACAACUGAUGGCCCCCCCUUUUUUUUUAAUUACUAUGUCUUUUGUAUUGGAAAUUCAACCAUGUGAUUAGAGAAAUUAACCAUGCUUUUAUGUACACCAGGCUGAUCAUCUUCGGAAGGAGACACUGCAGCAGAUGUCUCGAAUAUUGACUAUCCGUCAGGCAGCUCGAUGCUUGCUUGCUUUGGGGGAAUACUUCCAACGCCUGAGAGCUCUGAGCUCGCUUUGGUCGAAUCGUCCUCGCGAACCAGCUUAGUCUUCAACAAGUGUAAGAAUCCUAACUUGUAACGUGAACUGCGGUGUGAUGAAAUGCGGCCAAGUUUCUUUGGCUAGGAGCAUGAGAAAACCGUGUACCACGCGGCUGACGGGGUGGUACAUGGAUGCUCAUUUUUUUCAGCAGUCUUUUGAGUUAUGGAGAAGUUGUAAAUAUGAUUGCUCUCAUAAUUUUAUGCAUGAGUUUGUAAAUGAAUUAAUUUUGGACGCAUUGGUAUAGGUUUGUUGCAAAAAUCAAAUAUUUACAAUAAGUCUGCUUGGAAGUUGGUCAUGUAAAAUGUGUAUAAUAUUAUGUUGUGUGUUUUUGAAGAUCAAUGGACUCUCUUUUGAAGAACAUAGUUUUAUUUUAGUUGAUUCUGCAAUUUCUGUU